GUAUGUCUAUCUUUUCCAGUGAUCGAAAUUCGCUUAACGUAACCAAUCAUCCCACGAUGUCAUCCUUCAAGGACAAAGUGAUUAUUGUGACCGGCGCCAGCUCUGGCAUCGGAGCAAGUGUCGCCGUCCACUUGGCCAGACUCGGAGGGCUCCUUGUCAUCGUGGGUCGCAACGUGGAAAAGCUACAGGAGACGGCCGACAACAUUGUGGCAGCCGGAGGAGCGCCGGCCUUGAAACUGCGGGCAGACAUGACUCAGGAGGCGGAGGUGCAGCAGAUAGUGGACGCCACUCUGACUAAGCACGGCCGCAUCGAUGUGCUCGUUAACAAUGCGGGCAUCUUGGAGACGGGCUCCAUCGAAACCACCAGCCUGGAACAAUUCGAUCGCCUGAUAAACACUAAUGUGCGCUCCCUGUACCAACUAACCAUGCUGGCCACUCCGGAGCUGGUCAAGACCAAGGGUAACAUCGUAAAUGUAUCAAGUGUAUGUGGACUGCGCGCCUUUCCUGGUGUCCUGGCCUACAAUGUGUCUAAGGCGGCAGUGGACCAGUUCACGGCCUGCGUGGCUCUGGAACUGGCCCCCAAAGGAGUCCGCGUAAACGCCGUGAAUCCAGGCGUGAUUGUGACUGACAUUCACAAACGUGGCGGCAUGGACGAGCAGACCUAUGCCAAGUUCCUGGAACACUGCAAGAUAACCCAUGCCUUGGGUCGUCCUGGAGAUGUCAAGGAGGUGGCGGCCGCCAUUGCCUUCCUGGCCAGCGAUCAGGCCAGCUUUACCACUGGAAUCAGUCUGCCCGUCGAUGGAGGUCGCCACGCCAUGUGCCCGAGAUAAGAUAAGGAUGAGCAAAUGGAGAGUAAACAUUUACCCGGUGGCAUUUAUCGAAUUUAGUUACUUAUUUUCAGUAGUUAACGAAUAAAAUACAUCUCUCAUAAUAAACUAAUAUUUUGAUGUAUGAAUAAAAUA